AUUCUUGUGUGCUUUGAGAAUUGAAUGUCUUUACUCAACGUGGGUACAGUAAUUAAUGAUACAGCGUUCGUUCUCUGGGCUGUACAGUAAACAUUCUACUUAAAAAUCACUCCGAUGAACACCCAGGUUUGUUUGGAAGAGACCUACACUUAGACACAGCAUUAUGUUUUAGUGUUUUACAGCGACAACUGCAGAUAAUCGGGGAGUUACAAUAGGAUAAGUGACCAGAUCAGUUCUCAGGAAGUGUCUAAUAAAGAAAAGGUUGUUAUGGAAACUGCCAAGCAGCGAGUUAAGCGCAGAGCAGGAUAUGCUGGUCCACGAGGUGUUCUGGCCUACAUGAAAUCAUCUGAAACCAACUGCAGUGUAGAGACUCUCCUGGAGCUGGACAGUGAGGAAGAUGAAGAGAAUAAUCAAGGGCUACACGAACCAGAAGAAACAUCAAAUAGUGCUAAGCAUCUGUGCAAUAAAGAUAAACCGUCAGGUGAAUUAAUCAGAAAGGGGGUAGAAAGACCACCUGCUUCUAAAAAGAGUGCUUCGAUAGCACUUGAUAAAAGUGAUGAUACUGACCAACCAUUAACUACUCACGAAACUGUGCCUAAUGGUAAACAGAAAAGUUCAAAACAUGGCGUAGGACAAAAUGGAGAGUACGCUUCUAUGGGGUUUGGUGGAGCUGAAAUAUCUCUCACAAGUUGCUGUCUAGAAAAGAGUAAGAACACUGGUACAAGGGAUAAAAUUAUAGAAAGUAUUCCGCCUGACUCUCAAAGUCAACUUGGAAAAUUUCAGACACAAAAAAAUACUGAAAUAUUACCGUUUAUAGAACUCGCUGAAAUUCGGUCGGUCAAUGAGUAUUCAGAAAAGUAUAAGUUCAAGUGCACCGGAGAAACGCAGAACACAGAGAAAAUUGUCAAUAAAUCUAAUAAUGUUUUUGAAGAAAGAAAAGUUCCAGAAAUUACAAUCAACGAUAAUUCAGAAGGGUACACUUAUAAAGUUAAAACACCUGUGUAUGAUGAUACAAUCAACACUAAGCCUAAGCCGAAUACGAAAAACAUUGUGGAUACACAAGAUUCAUCAGGACAUAAAAACAAGGAAAAUAGAGAAACCUUCAAUGUUCCUGUACAAAGAAGAUCUUCUUUUUUAGAUCGAAUUUUUCGUACCAAAAAACAAGCAAUACAAACAAAUAAACCUAACGACAAAAAAACUCUAAGGACAACUUCGCCACAGCGUCGUUUCCUCGGCCUUCCUUUUGGCAAGCUGUCAAACAAGAAAGACGACUCAACUUCAUCAGGGAAGUCUGGUUUGUCAAAG